GAAGCUUUAGGAGAUUCAAUCCAGGCAAAACUGUGCUGAUGAGGUAAGCCUACAAAUCAUCUUCAUUGGGGUCGUUAGACAUACAUUAUUGACUUUUUGUGUAGAAAUGGCAACAGAAUGAAUCUACAGAGAUAUAACUACACAAUUUUGAGGCACCAGAUGGCCAUUGUCCCAAUGUCUCAGUUUAAUUCUCUUACUCAUAUGCCUUUAAGAGCAUUCAGCGAUCAGAAGUAUUACAAUAAGUUCAAAAAGAUACUAAAGAAGUCUAAGGAAGAAGGCCAGACUUCAGGGGAAGGUCAAUCUCAGACCCAGUCGGCUACUAAAAUAACUAUCGAACCGAAGAAGAAUCAUGCCAAGAUGGACUUAGAAAAAUUCCUGAGAGAAAAAGGUGGAGAACCAAGAGAUGACCUCUUCAAGGGAAAAAUUAGGUCUAGGAAAGGUGCAUUUGGGAAAAUUUCCUCAUUCUUCGAAUCCAUUGGAGACAUGAAGGAAACCUUAAGCAGAAAGUAUUCCGCUAGGAAAGAUGAUGACCUCAACCAGCAGGAAAAGUUUGAUAGAGAGUACAAAGAAAGACUCAAGAAGCAAAAUGAGAAAUUAGAUGAAAAAGCAGUAAAAACUACUGUAGACUUUGUUGUCAGCCAUCUUGAGAGAAAUAUGAACAAGAAUUAUUACGAUGAGAGGAAAGCAGAAGUCUUCUUUGAAAAAGUAUUCGCCCUCGAGCCAAAACAUCUAUUAGAGAAUGAACGCUUCCAAAAGUUCAUAAAGAAGGAUAUUCUGCUGAUGAUUCAAAACUCAAUGGGCCCUGAGACUGUUAUGAAUUGGUCUAAAUUUAUUGUCUAUUUUAACCUUGACGAUCCUUAUCUCUGGCCAGCUGUGACAGGAAAAGUUGGAGAAUUAAUGAAACGAUUCCAUACAGACCAGUUACUAGUUAUUUUAGUAAAUUGUGCUCACUCUUUAUCAUCUGAAGCAUCUAAUCUAUUCUCAGCAACUGCAGAUUACUUUGCUGAAAAGAUGAGUUUAUCUUAUGCCCCAGAAUCAGGAGAAACUUCAUUAGCUGAAGAUGAUAUCCCAAAGAUCAUGACUGUAUUUGGAUCAUAUCAGAUGCUCAAAGAAAAUCUGGUUUCAUCAAUUUCAGAAUAUGUGGAUGAUAAUAGCAUAUUCAUGAAGUUUGACACAUUGGCUGAUCUGACUCUAAUUUUCUCAAGAUUUUGCAACAAGUCCCAAAUUGCUAGGUUCCUUGAGAUGAACAACUCCAAGAUAAUGUCAAAUAUCCAAUUUGCAGAUGAUAAGGUGUUUUAUAAAUUCUUGUGGUCCUACAAAAAGGCUGAAGCAUUUGAGGAUUUCACCAAGAAUGCUUUUAUAGAUAGCUUCCAAGAGAACCACAUCAGUUAUAGCAACAGAGUAUUUAUAAGAUCUCUCUUACUCUUGACAGACAAAGAAGACCCUGAAAGGAACAACUUACUGUACAACACUAUCGAGGAGGAUUUACUAAACAGACUCAGGAAGCUAAGCCUGUCAGAGCUAAAUGAUAUCCUGUGGUGGUCUCUGCAGCAAGAAAACAAGAGCGACCACUUGGUAGAAUCAAUCCAGAAAGAAAUGAUUGUACGUGUGAACGCCUUCAACGAAGAUGAGCUGUUAUUAUUUAUUGCCCAAGCGGAUUCAGACAUCUCUAACAAAUUACUCAAAUCAGUGGUCAAAGUUGUUAGGAAGAAAUUGUCUAAGUUUCAAACUAAAACAAAAAUAGCAAUAAUUUGGAGCUUUGCGAGAGUUAAUCUUCAAGCUGAAGAUGAAAUCCAUGAGCUUUAUGACGAAAUCAGAGAGAUGCUAAAACCUGAGCUCUCAAAAAUGAAUGAAAAGAGCCUUGCAAUGAUCAUUUGGUCAUACUCAAGAGUGGAAUCUCCUGACCAAAAUUUCUUAGAGAUGACUAAGAGGGCCAUUAUUAGCGUAAAUAAGCCAGACUUCGAUCAUUUUGAUCUAACUUUGAUCACUCAGGCAUGCAAAUUGUUUGAAGGAAGUUAUCUUUAUGAAGAGACUGACUUCAUGUCUUCAACCAUGUCAAUGCUGUCUCAUUUAGAAUCUCACAUUCAUAAGCAUUUAGAUAAGAUGAAUGUACAUCAGUUUGUUACUGUCUGUACAUACUAUCUCUCCAGAAAAAUUGGGUCUAACUCCCUUACUACAUUGUUCAAGAAUCAUAUUACAAAGCAUUUGAAAGAGUUUGACAGAAUUCAGCUGAUUAUUCUUAAACAAGCUAUUCUGAAGAAUGAUCUCGAAGAACACGAGUACCUCGUCUCUACCAUCGAUGAAAGAAUCGACGACAUUGCAAAGAAAGAAGCCGAUCAGCUCCAAGAAGAAGAGAUUGAAAAGAUUGCUAGAGAGAUCGUUCGCAAAAAGAUCGAAGCGUUAGUGAAACAUAAGAAGAAACAGAGUAUUAAAGAAAGGAAGUUGGGCGUAAGAGAGGUGAGACAGAGUAAGAAGGAUCAUCAGAAGGAGAAAACGAUGAAGAAAGAGACAGAGAAAGUGACUGAGGGAGGUAUCCAGGAUGAAUCAGAGUAUUUAAAGCAAAAACUCUCUAAUAUGUUCAAAGACAAGAGGCCAAAAGAGUCUGCUAAAUCAAAGCCUUCUAAUAAAUCAAAUAAAGCACCACCUAAAACGCUCAGCAGUUACUUAAAAUCAAGAAAAUAA